CGGGGCGGGGCGGGGCGGGGCUGGCGCCCGGAGACUACUAGGCGCUGGGUCCGCUUGUCCGCGGCCUGGCUGGCGGAGAACAUGGCGCUGCCCCCGGCUGCCGCGCCCCCCGGGGCUAGCGAGCCUCUCGGCAAGGCUCUGUCGGCGCUGCAGCCGGAGCCGGGCAGCAUCCCGCUGCACUCGCCCUGGACCUUCUGGCUGGACAGAUCACUUCCUGGUGCCACGGCAGCUGAGUGUGCCUCGAACCUGAAGAAGAUCUACACGGUGCAAACAGUGCAGAUAUUCUGGAGUGUGUACAACAACAUCCCUCCUGUGACCAGCCUGCCUUUGAGAUGUAGUUAUCACUUAAUGAGAGGAGAGAGGCGACCACUGUGGGAAGAGGAGAGUAAUGCAAAGGGAGGUGUGUGGAAGAUGAAAGUUCCCAAGGACAGCACGAUGACGAGAUCAUAGGAGUCAGCGUGAGCGUUCGGGACAGAGAGGAUGUGGUCCAGGUGUGGAAUGUCAAUGCCUCACUAGUGGGCGAAGCUACUGUGCUAGAGAAGAUCCACCAACUCCUUCCCCACAUAUCUUUUAAAGCAGUGUUUUAUAAACGUAAGUGCUCCAUUUCCAAUCGCUAUUAUGGAGAUUCUCCUGCCAGACUUGUAGAGGUAGAGGCACACUGCGGAUGAGGCGGAAGUCAAGACCGCUCGAAACUCCAUUCACGCAGACAACAGUUCAGCACGAUGCUUGUUAAGUGUUUCUUUUAAAAAUCGAGUUUAGUUUCAGAAAUUAAAGUAAGAUUUUUUGCUCUUGCCUGAGCGCAUGAAUUGGGAAGGCAACUAUACACUGUAUUCGUGAUUUCAAAUAGCUGAACCUGACUUUAGGUCUGUCAGAGGAAAUUGUAUUCUACUGGGAGUAGUAACAAGAGCAGGCAAGAGAAGUCAUUCAGAGAGCUGGCAGGCUGAUGGUCAAGCAUCCUUCCCAUGCAGGAAUUUAUCACGUCUAACAUGUGUUUAUGGGGGAGCUAGUUAUGAUUGACAGUUCAAUUGGCAGUGCUACCCCUUCCUCAUCGUGGCGACUGUGGGCAGAGUCACCAAGAGUCCCCGUGCAGUGGCGCACACAACUUCUGGUGUGAACAGUGUGUAGACCCAUUGUUUCCAUUGUGAUGUGUGUUCAUUGCCUUUGUGUGCUCUCCACAGACACUCAUCCUUUUCACAACGAGAACGUCUUAGUGUGUUGGAACCAGUGUUUGAUACAGUGAGUUACGGGAAAUGACUGAUAGCCCCACACACAUCUCUGACAGAUUUUCUAUGUCCCAAACUGUUCUGGGAGUCGCUAACCCAUUUUUUUCUCACUAUUGUAUUUCAUUGACUCUAAGGUGCUCUUGAGCAUAAUAUACCCUAUUUAAUUGAAGGGGGGAAGCAAGAAAGGGUCUUCAGUUAAACCGGAAUGAAUUGGCGAUUCUAGAAUUUUGGAGAUUUUCAGGGGACGGAGCAGAGUCAUCUUAGAAUCUCUGAAAUGUAUGUCAUCAUUGUCUCAUUAGUCCUGGUCCUUGUCAAGAGGCUAAAAUUCAAAUUUUGUGAUUGCCCUGGUUGUAUAGCAUCUACGAACAGCCAGGCCCUCCCUGGGAGGAGUUCUGUAGGCAACAGCAAAGAAUUAGGAUCCACAUGGGGAGACGGAUCCCUCACUCUGCACUUAGGGGGCACUGACCCUCUGAAUUAUGAUAGAAGGUUUAAAAUGAAAGAGACCCUGGGGCGUUUCUCUUUGGCUGUGCAGGGUGGAGACAGGACAGGCACAGGGGUAUCAUUCCCAUUCCUUAGGGACAGGUCAACUCCAGUUCAGCCCAGAGACCAGUGUGUUUUCUGGUUUCCAGUCCGAAAGAAUAACCAGCAGAAACUGCAAAGGGAAACAUGAGCUAGCAUCAAGGUCAAGCAGGCCCACACUUGAGGACUUGUACAGUGUAACCCUAAGCAGUCACAAUUGCCCUGCUUUCCUCUCUCACCUGGGUAUCCAGAAGGUUGGUCUCAGAUGAUCUCCAAGGUUCCUUCUGCUUUACAACUCUGUCAACAAAUUGACAGGGAGCAAACUGGUCAGCAGCUCGGUGUAAGGUCGGGAUCCUCCUAGAUAAUUAGGGCCCAACUCUAGAGCCAAGACAUAGUCACCUAAGAACAACCAAGGGCAGGCAGUUCACUGCUUAGCUGUUGGGGUGGCUGAAAAGAGACAUGGGGGUUGGGGGGCACCAAGCAAGGAGAUAAGACACUGCACCCAGGCCAGCUGGAUCAAAGCUGACAGACACCCUGAGGUGUGUGAGUCAGGAGGAGCUAGCUGCGGGUCUAGGCAGAAAACUGCUCUUGAAUGACACACGUUAGCACUUGAAGGCUCAGGCUGUGCAAAUAAAAAAACUCAGAAUUCCCUGUAUUAUUUGCCAUGAAGCAGGCUGUCCUUCACUCGGCAAGGUUGCCAGCACGUGUUAUAGAAGUGAUCUGGAAAAGUGACGUCUGGACAGAAACUAGUUCACAGGGUGAGGGACAGUCCUGGGUGGGCUAGGCUGGACGUGGCCAGUUCACACCACCUUUGCCUUCACCCUGGCUCUCUGGAGUUUGCAGAAGCUAGCUGGCUAGAUGAUGUCAUGGAUCCCAGUUUAUUUAGUCCUGGCCUCCAGCUGGGCAUUGCCAUUCGUGGGAUUCUUCUUCCAACCAGAGAGAUAAUUUGAAUGAGAAAAACCGCAAUUUACACGCACCCCCCCCCCAGUUCCCUUAAGUUCUUCUGAGAGCCUUUACACUAGGUGUGAGCGAGCACUGUGGAGGGCAGGGGGGAGAGCCCAGAACUGAAGCUGAGCCAACCUCUUGGCUCCCUCCUGGUUCAGUCCCGCCUUGUGGGUGCAGCAGAGAGCAGUCUCUACCGUUCCAUAUAAUUGGGGAAAAGCAAAACUGCUUUUGUGACCCAUGGAAAUUGUGUCAGUGCUGAGUCUGAGUGCCCUUCAGUAGCUGCGUAGCAUAAGGAAGCUCCCAUUUGAGUCCGUAUUUUCUGUAGCUCCUUCAACAGUCAGGAGUUGCAUGGAUUACUACUAAAGAGUCUGCUGGCUUUUGGAUCUGGGAGCAGUCCUCUAAUUGCUUCCCCAGUUGCCCCAGGGAUGACAAACCUUUGCCCACAGCGCUGCAGCGUACGGGCUGUCAGGUUCUGGCUGCUGACACUUCAGGGUUUCAGCUGUGGCUGUCCUGAUCCUGCACACCUCGAGAUAAGAAGGAACUUUGCAUCCUCACUGUCUUUGGAUUCACAAUUUGCAAAUCAGCAUUGCUGUCAUCCUAUGGCCCCUUACAUUGGCCCUGAAACAUAGCAUAUCUCGCUGAACGCCAGUCUAUGUUUUAUUUAGUGUCUUCCCUAAAACUUCUUUCUUAAAGAUAGGAGUUAGAGUUGGGGAGUAAGCUCUAUAAGAGGACCUGAGUUCAAGCCCCAGAACCCACUCUUAAAAACAACAGGGGGUAGGGCCAGAGGAGAGGGCUCAGCAGUUAGGCUGGGGUACUGCUCUUGCACAUGACCUGAGUUUAGUGCCCGGCACCCAGGACAGGUAGUUUACAACUGUUUGAAACUCCAGGUCCAGGACUCUGGUGCCCAAUUCUUGCCUCUGCAGACACCUGCACUCAUGUACAUACGCCCACACAAGCACAUGUAACUUAAAAAUAAAUCCUUAAAGAAGAUAGCUAAUGCUGGAGAAAUGAUUCUGCAACAGCACUGGCCACAAUAGCGUGAGGACCUGAGUUCACAUCCCAGCAUGGGAAGAGCUGGGCAUCACCACACACACGAACCCUGGCACUGUGUAGACAGAGGCAGGCGGCUCACCAGUGCUCUCUGGCCCCAAUCCUGCCCCAAGUCCAGUGAGAAAGCCUGUCCAAAGGAAUAUGUCAGAGAGUGACAAAGCAGGAUACCCAGUGUCGUUUCACACCUCUGGUCAUGUGGUACAGGCGCACAGACAGCACCUACAUCUACAUACUACAUCUAUGUACAUAAAGAUAUAACACACACACACACACCAUAUACCACAUCACAUACACUACACACAGAUACACACAUAUAGUACAUAUACGCACAACAUGCACACCACAUCUACACACACAUACACACAUGCAUCAUAUACACACACAUACAUAUGCAGACACACAUACAUAUACAGAAAGCUGAGUUUGCUGGUGGAUCUCUGGGGCUUGCUGGCCAGGCUGGCCUUUAGCAAGUUCCAGACUAGUGAGAGGUCCUGUCUCCAAACAUAAGAUGGAUGGCAUCCAAGAUUAUUCACUACCUUCCCUGUCCUCUCAUGCUCCCACCCUUCCUCCUUCCCUACCUCCCUUUCUUCCUUCCUCCAACCCCACACUAUCCCCUUUCCAUGCAAGUGUACCUGUGCAUGCAGAAACAUGCCCAAAUAAAGAAAAUAUUUUGAAAGUUAAAUUCUUAGUUAGAAAUGUGAAGUUGUGAGAGCUGUGCGGUUAUGCUUGGGCAGAGGUUAGGUCACGCUGGGAGUUACAAGGUGCGUCCUUACCAGUCCACCUGAAUUGUCCAGAUGAAUUGCUGCUUGGCGUAGUUACCUGAACUGAUCUUGAACAUCUAGCCCAGUUGUCCUUCCCUUCGGUAGUCUGUAUUAAAAACAAGAGAGGGAGGAGGUAUGGUGGUGGAGCAGUCAUGGAGGUGGAACACUCAGCUGUGUCCCCCUUUAUUGCCUGGAGGAGUGAGUGGAAGCACUUGGACUGAAUAGCCCUGGCUAUAUCACAUCCUGGCUCUGUCACACCUUGCCUCAUAAUGACAGGUAGACACCCCUCAGUCAAACUUGACCCUUUGUGUUACAGCUAAUACUGGGUGUCUUGGGGGCCUCCCAUCUCUCAUCUCCCAGUUUAAACAGUCUUUGAAAAGCAUACUUUUUAUAAUCGGUUUCCUAAUUAGUAAUUCCACAAGACAAACCUUGGAAGUCCCUGAGGUAUAGGCCGAGGGUUGGGAGAUAUAAUAGAUCCAUUGAUUUUAUGAAGCUUCGUUGCCUGCGGAAAGCGAUGAGAAGCAGGGGUAUAGUGUAAUUCCCACCCCCCUCUCCUGUGGCUCUGUUUUGUUUUGUGUUAUUUUAUUCUUGAAGGUAGGCUUGCGCAUGGCUCUGUCUUGAGUCAUAGCCCCCCUUCCAUGCAUUUUUUGUGGGGUUCAUCUCCUGAUAGCCUUUGCCUUGAGCCCAGCAUAUUCUCCUCAUCAGCUUGGAUGGAUGAGUCAUGCCCCCAGGCACAGCAAGAAGAAACAGGCAGCCAGCCCAUAGCUUGUUUAUUCCUCGUUUUAAUUUCCAUUAUUACGUUUCUCAGGAAAUGCACGCCUUAGCUAACAGUUACUGGAAAAAAUAAAAAAGGAAAAGAAAAAAAAAAGGUAUUUGAGUUCUUGCCAACAUCUGGGGAAGCUGAAUGAGAUGCCUAGAGGAGGGUUGGCCCAUCCUUUGCUUAAAGUUUUCUUUCCUUCUUUUCUUUUUUGUUUUUUUCUGUCCUUUAGCCCAUGAAGAGCAUCAUGCUUUUGAAGGUGGACGUGGAAAACACUAAUUGCACUCUGUAAAGAAUUCUUUGUCCUUUGC